UUAAGGUGGAAGAACUGUUACCUGCGGAGGAGAAAACAAAGUAUCUGGCCAACAGCAUCGCUGACAACACCACACCGAGCCACACACACACUGUUCAGCUUCAAGGAAAGUGUCUUAUACAUGACACAAAUUUCUUGUGAAGGAGCACCUCCAUGUGGGUGGAGCAGUGAGGAACUGGGUGCCAUUAAGAAAGGCCAGGAGGCUUCACUCCUAGUCAGACACCGAGGUGGAACCAACCCCUGCUGUUUAACAGAGUCCCCACUACCUGAAGCUCAAUUAUUACAGCCAAGGCAGGACUACAGAAUCGUGCUUCGCAGGACCAACUAUCAGGUUUUGCUUCCCCAAUUUUUCCAUGGGUGAUCUGCUCUCAUAUCUGAAGGUGUGCUGUGCCAUUAAAUUCCAACUGCCAGCUAUUUUGGAGAGCAAAGUUCUUAGCCAUUUAUCAAUGCCUUUUUACUAAGAGUUGGGGAGGAUUUCUGUUUUAACUGCCAGGCUGGAAUAUGUCUUCUUAAAACCUCUCUGCUCGUAUUUUUUUGAGUAGCCUUUGCAGUGGUCUGUGUCUGUGCAGGGCAGAGAUGGGUUACAUCUCCCUGCCUUCAUCUUUGUGCCCACAGAAACCGUCAGAAGAGUAAAGACAUCACAGCGCAUGGGACCAAGAAGAGAUCCUUCUGCUUCAGAAUUCAAGUAUUGAAGAGGAUGACAGCAUGUUUUCUUUCCAUGUUGCUGGGAUGAUCCUACUAGCUCUGCACACUGCUGAAACACAGAGAGAGAUAGAAAUCCUGCGAAAGCUGGCGCAGAAAUCGGCAUCUUCUGGUGAGACUGUAGAGAUUGACUGUGACCUUCCAGAUGGGGUGGCUCAUAUAUCGAAGAUUACCUGGUACAAGGAGGAACAAGGCAAAAUCUUGGAGCCGAUUAAUACAUCCAGAAUCCCAACAAGAAGUUACCCAAGGAAGGUGAAGCUGGCCAUCAGAAAUGUGAAAAGGAGUGACAGUGGGGUGUAUUACUGUGCCACCAGUAUCAAUGAGAUGUUCACAUUCUUGAGCGGGAUGAGGCUGAUCAUCUCUGAUACUCCAGAGCCCAGCUCUUCCAUCCUAGUCCCCUCCUCCUCGGAGGGGGCUCAGCAUAAGGACAGUUUCCCCCUGUUCUGCCUCUUCCAUGAUGCAAACUUUGCUUGGGAUACUGUCUUUUGGACAAUACUUGGGAACACUUUUCAGGAGCAGAAGGAUGGCGACAUGAUUGAUGGGGAAGGCGUCUUCAACAUCUGGAGUUUACAACUGAUUCCCCCAGAGUUCUGGACCCAAGAGAUGUCUUACUCCUGCUCAGACCAAGAGAACAGAAGCAUCAGCACUGUGGUCCCCACAAACACAGUGCCCACAGACCCAGGGAGAUGCAGUCCCAUUUUAUAUUAUGCGGUGCCUUGCAUUCUCAUCCUCCUGUUGAUCCCACCUCUGGCCCUCCUCAUCAGAAAGCAUCUUGCCAGAGGGCAUGAAAAGCAGCCAGCAAAUCAAAUGCCCAUGACGGAAAUCACACAGGAUUAUGCGGAACUCCAGUGCAGCAGGUGAAAUGGCUGGCGAGACCAGGAAGGCAGGGCAGCAGCAGGAGAAGCAAAUGCCAACAUUUAACAUUUCCCCCUUGCUACAUGUUGAUGUUUGCAUUAAAGGCAACCUUUUCUACAUUA